AUGUUUGACUUUGUAUGCAUUUUUACCACUGGAGGUGUGGUCCUUUGGUUCAAAGCCUUCUGUGACAUGAAGCUUGACCUGCUUAAUAUGUUUAUUAAGAACAUCCUAUUGGAAGAGAAGACAGCCCAGCAUCAAUACAAUUUCGCAGAGUAUGUUCUUAAAUGGAAGGUAUAGAAUGACUUAAAUCUAGUAUUUGCAAUCAUUUACAAGGAGAUAUUGCAAUUAAGAUUUGUUGAGGACCUAGUAGACUUAAUGAGAUUCGAAUUCGUUAGCAAGGUAUAUCCAUCAAUCACAAAGCAAGGAGAGGUUUACUUAGAUCUUCCUACUAAUUUCGAUCAACACUUUUAAGUUCUUUGGAAGGUAUGGGAGUAGAAAACCAAGAAACUGGAAGGCCCAAAACAAAUGAAAACUUUCAAUUAAACUUCAAAAGCCAAAAAGCUUAAGGAAAAAAGCGGAAUUGUCAAUUAAAAUGAUACUUAAAAGGGAGGAGAUGCAUCUGAUGAUGAUAACAAAUUCAACAGAAGGCAGACUGUUUAAAAUAAAAAGCCAGAUAGCAUGACAGGCAGUAGUAGUAAUACUGCAGCUAAUACUUCAGGAAAGGAGAUGAGAACUUGGAUGGGCUACUCUGACAAGGUCUCAGCUAAAUAAAUGGAAAACGUCGAUGUUAGCACCAAUAAGGGAGGUGAGAUCGAUAUCGACAGGCAAAAGGAGAUUUAUCUCGGGGGAGAUGAUGAUGAGCUAGAGGGUUUCUACAACUCAGAUGAUGAGAUUGACUUUGAAAAUUUCAAGAGAGGUAAGAAAGGAUAGAAGCAAGGUGGAGGUUUAUUCUCUAAAUUAACUAAUGCCUUCUAAAACAUUACUGGUAAUAAAGUUCUAAGUGAAGAAGAUGUGGAGCCUAUCUUGAAGAAUUUCGCUGACUCACUUAUGGAGAAAAAUGUUGCCUCAGAAAUUGCUGAGGCAUUAUGUAAGUCAGUUGCAAAUACAUUAGUCGAUAAGAGAACAGAAAGCUUCACAACUGUGAAGGCAACUGUAAAGAGUGCCUUAGUAGACUCAAUAACCAAACUUUUAACCCCUAAGAAGAACAUUGAUAUAUUGAAGGAUGCGCUAAGUGCUAAGUAAAAAGGUUAAGUUUACUCUGUUGUCUUUAUUGGUGUAAAUGGAGUUGGAAAAUCAACUUCACUUGCUAAAGUCGCCUAUUACUUGAAGACUAAAGGUAAUCUAAAGGUUAUGAUAGCAGGUUGCGAUAACUUCAGAUCAGGAGCCAUUGAAUAGCUCAAAACUCAUUGCUUAUGUCUUGAUGUUCCACUAUAUGAGAAGGGUUACAAGGAUGAUGCAGCAAUUAUUGCUAAGGAGGCUUUGCAAGAUGCUAAAAAUAAAGGAUAUGAUGUUGUCUUGAUUGAUACUGCUGGAAGAAUGCAAGGUAAUGAAAAACUAAUGAGAGCGCUUGCUAAAUUGGUUCAUAUCAACUCUCCUGAUGUUGUUUUAUUCGUUGGUGAGGCUCUAGUUGGAAAUGAUGCCAUUGAUUAACUCACUAAAUUCAACUAGUCUCUCAUUGACUAUGCUGUAUAAGACACCAAUCCAAGGACUAUUGAUGGAAUUAUUAUGACUAAAUUCGAUACUGUUGAUGAAAAAGUUGGAACUGCACUUAACAUGGUUUAUACCACUGGCAAACCGAUUGUAUUCGUUGGUGUUGGCUAAAAGUACCCUCACUUGAAGAAGCUAAACGUCCAAACAGUUAUUGGCGCUCUUAUGAGUUGA